UUCUGACCCCAGGGCUGUCUUCACCAGGCCAAGCAAGACGUGGCUCCUCCCUGAACACACACUCCCUGGCGUCGGGAAAGAGAAUCGAAACAGAAACCAGGCUCGGGAUGACUAGAAAACUGUCAGCCGGAACUUAAGACUUUCAGAUGGCGGCCAGGCGAGUGCGUAGAAAGAGCGUUCACUGGGAGCCCUGCGCGCUGCCAGGCAGAGCCCAGGCGAGCACAGCCCGGAUUCCUGCACUCCUCAUCACAAAGGCUUAGGCCCCGUGCACCUGCUUGCCUGACCACCCGCCCAAGCUGUCCCGGUGAGACUGCGUUCUGGGCAUUGCCCUGGGGGCUCCGGCCAACAACGUCGCCUGCCACCUCUAAGGCAGGAGACUGCUGCACCUGUCAACAGCCUACUGGGGGGAAUUUUCUUUCUCCAAGAACUGAAGAUGUGCGAUGAUUAUUCUGCAGACAAGAGUUUCCGCUAUCUCGUCUCAUGUUUCAGGGCCAGAGUGAAAAUGUACAUCCAGGUGGAGCCGGUGCUGGACCACCUGACUUUUCUGCCUCCAGAAGUGAAGGAGCAGAUUCACAGAACGGCAGCCACCUCCGGGAACAUACAAGCGGCCGAACUGCUUCUAACCACUUUAGAAAAAGGAGUCUGGACCCAGGGCUGGACUCGGGAGUUUGUGGAGGCCCUCAAGAGAGCCGGCAACCCUUUGGCAGCCCGCUAUGUGAACCCGGACCUCACAGAGCUGCCUUCACCAUCCUUUGAGAAAACUCAUGAUGAAUGUCUGCAACUGCUAACCCUCCUUCAGCCCACAUUGGUGGACAAGCUUCUGGUUAGAGACGUCUUAGAUAAAUGCGUGCAGGAGGAAUUGCUGACAGCAGAAGACAGAAAUCGGGUUUCUGCUGCAGAAAAUAAUGGAAACGAAUCAGGCGUAAGAGAGCUACUGAAGAGGAUUGUACAGAAAGAAAGUUGGUUUUCCACAUUUGUGAAUGUUCUCCGUCAAACAGGAAAUGAUAAACUUGCUCAAGAAUUAACAGGCACUAAUUGCUUGGAGAACAAUGAAGAUGCCAAGAUUCCGUCACAAGAAGGUGGUCUUGAAGUUCAAGAGUUACUCUACAUAGCUGAAGAUCAGUCAAGUCCAGAGAAAAAGGGAUGUGACCUGGAGAAUAACUCAUCCGAGUCCUCUUUUGCAGACUCUUCCAUAGUUUCAGAAUCAGACACAAGUUUGGCAGAAGGAAGUGUCAGCUGCUUAGAUGAAAGUCUUGGACAUAACAGCACCAUGGGAAGUGAUUCAGAUGAGGAAAACACGGCAGCAAGAAGGUCCCCUGAGCCAGAACUGCAGCUGAGGUCUUACCAGAUGGAAGUUGCCCAGCCAGCCUUGGACGGGAAGAAUAUCAUCAUAUGCCUUCCUACAGGGAGUGGAAAAACACGAGUGGCUGUUUAUAUCGCCAAGAAUCACUUGGACAAGAGAAAAGGGGCCUCAGGGCCUCGAAAAGUGAUGGUGCUUGUCAAUAAGGUUCCCUUAGUUGAACAGCUCUUUCGCAAGGAAUUCAAACCAUUUUUGAAGGAAUGGUAUCGUGUGAUUGGAUUAAGUGGUGAUAGCCAACUGAAAAUAUCAUUUCCAAAAGUUGUUAAAACCCAUGAUGUUAUCAUCAGCACUGCUCAGAUCCUUGAAAACUUCCUUUUAAAUGCAGAAAAAGGAGAAGAUGUUGGUGUCAAGCUGUCAGAUUUUUCCCUCCUUAUCAUUGAUGAAUGUCAUCAUACUAAUAAAGAAGCAGUCUACAAUAACAUUAUGAGGCGUUAUCUGAAGCAGAAGUUGAAAAAUAAAAAACUCGAGAAGGAGAACAAGCCAGUUAUUCCCCUGCCUCAGAUAUUGGGACUAACAGCUUCACCUGGUGUUGGAGGAGCCAAAAAGCAAGCCAAAGCCGAAGAACACAUUCUGAGAAUAUGUGCUAAUCUUGAUGCAUUUACCAUUAAAACCGUGAAAGAAAAUCUUGAUCAACUCAAAGACCAAAUAAAGGAACCAUGCAAGAAGUUUGCAAUCGCAGAUGACAUGAGAGAGGACCCAUUUAAAGAGAAACUGCACCAUAUAAUGACAAAGAUUCAAGCGUACGGCCAGAUAAAUCCAAUGUCGGAUUUUGGAACUCAAUCCUAUGAACUAUGGGUUAUUCAAAUGGAAAAAAAAGCUUCAAAAGAAGGAAAUCGCAAAGAACGUGUAUGUGCAGAGCAUUUGAGGAAGUACAAUGAGGCCCUGCAAAUUAAUGACACAAUUCGGAUGAUCGAUGCAUAUAAUCACCUGGAAAAUUUCUAUACGGAUGUGAAAGCAAAGAAGUUUGCGGUCCUGGAAGAUGAUAGUGAGGAGAGUGGUGGUGAUGAAGAUGAUGUAAACAAGUCUUUAAAGUUGGAUGGGACAGAUAGAUUUCUCAUGACAUUGUUUUUUGAAAACCAAAAAAUGUUGAAAAAACUUGCUGAAAAUCCUGAACAUGAAAAUGAAAAGCUGACCAAAUUGAGAAAUACCAUAUUGGAACAAUACACUAGAACUGAGGGCUCAGCACGAGGAAUAAUUUUCACAAAAACACGGCAGAGUGCAUAUGCCCUGUCCCAGUGGAUCACUGAAAAUGAAAAAUUUGCAGAGGUGGGAGUGAAAGCCCACCAUCUGAUUGGCGCUGGACACAGCAGUGAAUUCAAGCCCAUGACCCAGAACGAACAAAAAGAAGUCAUUAGUAAAUUUCGCACUGGAAAAAUAAAUCUGCUUAUCGCUACCACAGUGGCAGAGGAAGGUCUGGAUAUCAAAGAAUGCAAUGUCGUUAUCCGUUAUGGUCAUGUCACUAAUGAAAUUGCCAUGGUCCAGGCCCGUGGUCGAGCCAGAGCUAAUGAGAGCACCUAUGUCCUGGUGGAUGGCAGUGGUUCAGGAGUCGUUGAACGUGAGACAGUGAACGAUUUCCGAGAGGAGAUGAUGUAUAAAGCUAUACAUCGUGUUCAAAAUAUGAAACCAGAAGAGUAUGAUCAUAAGAUUUUGGAAUUACAGAUGCAAAGUAUAAUGGAAAAUAAAAUGAAAAUCAAGAGAAAUAACGCAAAGCGUUGCAAGGGCAAUCCAUCAUUAAUAAAUUUGCUCUGUAAAAACUGCAAUGCACUAGCCUGCUCUGGGGCAGAUAUCCAUGUGAUUGAGAAGAUGCAUCAUGUCAAUAUGACAUCAGAAUUCAAGAAACUCUACAUUGUGAGAGAAAACAAAGCCCUACAGAAAAAAUUUGCUGACUACCAAAUAAAUGGAGAGAUUAUAUGCAAAUGUGGCCAAGAUUGGGGCACAAUGAUGGUACACAAAGGCUUACAUUUGCCCUGUCUCAAGAUAAAAAAUUUUGUAGUAUCUUUCAAAACUAAUUCAGAAAAGAAACAAUACAAAAAGUGGGUUGAAGUACCUAUCACAUUUCCUGGUCUUGACUACUCAGAAUACUAUUUUUUAAGUGAUGAAGACUGACUUUGGAUUCAAGAUUACUUUAAGUUAUUAUCAGGCUAGCAUAUACCAUUAUUUUGAUCAAUGUUUUUAUCAUACUGUAGAACUGGUGUGAUGAUUAAUAAAAUUAUUGCUUACUUUG